UGCUGUACGGCGCGGGGCGGGAUCUUCUGGCAGGGGGCCGCCAUGUUGCUGUACGGCGCGGGACGGGAUCUUCUGGCAGGGGGCCGCCAUAUUGCUGCGGUUGAGGGAGAAGGGGGCUCUCGGCUUUGCGGCAGUCCGAGCUGUCACUGCGCGGCUCCCCGCCUCCCGCUGGAGCCCGCGGCGCGGAGCGCUGGGACGCCAUGGCCCGGAGGCUGAACGCGGAGCAGGGCAUCCGCUCAGCGCGAUGAGCCCGCGCUACCUGCAGAGCAACAGCACCAGCCACACGCGGCCCUUCAGCGCCAUGGCCGAGCUGCUGGACAAUGCCUCAGAUCCAGGUGUGACGGCUAAGCUUCUUUGCAUUGAUGUUGUGGAGAUCAGGGGGGAGCUUUGUUUGACUUUCACAGAUAAUGGUUCUGGAAUGACACCUCACAAACUUCACCGUAUGCUCAGCUUUGGCUUCACGGACAAGGCAGUGAAGAAGAACCACCCAUCCAUUGGAGUGUAUGGUAAUGGUUUCAAGUCCGGCUCCAUGCGUCUGGGAAAGGAUGCCAUUGUCUUCACCAAGAAUGGAGGUGCACUCAGCGUGGGGCUCCUUUCGCAGACCUAUUUGGAACGUGUCCAUGCUCAGGCUGUUGUUGUUCCAGUGAUACCAUUCAACCAGCAAAACAAGAAAAUGAUUGUUACGGAAGACUCUGCGCCCAGCCUCGAGGCCAUCCUGAAACAUACGCUCUUCAGUACUGAGGAGGAGUUGCUGGCCCAGUUUGAUGCCAUUCCAGGCAAAAAGGGCACACGGAUCCUCAUCUGGAACAUCCGCAGAAAUAAAGAUGGGAAGCCUGAAUUGGACUUUGUUACAGACCAGUAUGACAUUCGGAUAUCAGACUUCAGCAUGGAGGAAUCAGAAAAUGCCGGGAGGAAGGUUCCUCCUCGCCUUGAGAAGGUUCAAGAGUCCUUUGCACCAGAAACGGAGUACUCCUUACGGGUGAAUUGGUCCUUGCCCUAUGUCUGUCCUAGGCUAAACAAUGUUCUGCGACAGAAGAAAGUGAAGACUCAGCUGAUCUCCAAGAGCUUGGCCAAUAUUGAAUAUGAUGUAUACAGACCUACCUCCACAAACAAGAGGGUGAAGAUCACCUUUGGGUUUAAUUGCAAGAACAAUAGCCACUACGGGAUCAUGAUGUAUCACAACAACCGACUCAUAAAGUCCUAUGAGAGGGUGGGCUGCCAAAUGAAGGGGGAUGGCAUGGGCGUGAUUGGGGUGAUUGAAUGCAACUUCUUGAAACCAGCACACAACAAACAGGACUUUGAAGAAAGCAAGGAAUACCGACGGACAAUUACUGCACUGGGACAGAAACUCAAUACUUACUGGAAGGCGAAGGUGACGCAGAUGAACUUGGGUAGUUCCAGUGCCGCCAACAUGAUAGCAGGGAGACCAGACCAGACUUGGGUGCAGUGUGAGGAGUGUCUGAAAUGGAGGAAGCUCCCUGACAAGGUUGAUCCUGCAUCAUUACCUGAGAAGUGGUUUUGUCAUCUCCAUCCCCACCCCAAGUACAAAAACUGCUCAGCACCUGAGGAGCAGGAGCCCAGUGAUGAGGAGAUGACCAGCUAUGACCGAAAAUCCAGGAAACAAGAGCAGACCGCAGAUAGAAAGAGGAGGAGGUCGUCGUCAUCUUUGGAGAACCUGGAAUACCAGGUAUUAUCCACUACUCCAGAGCCCUGUCCUGCUCACAAUAACAGUGUAACAGGUGUGGCAAAGCAAGAGCCCACGGAAGAGGGGCCUGUUGGGAUUGCUGGCUCUCUCACUCCUCCCCCUGCUCUUGACAAGAUCAGUGCUAUCUAUCUGACUACUGGGCCUUUGGAGCAAAAUAUACCACAGACAGCAAGCAAGCAUAACCUAUCUACGGAAGAAAAGCUGCUGGAAAAGCGGAAGCGAUAUCGGGAGCGGAUAGACCCGUCCCCCCCAGAUCUGAGCAGUUCCAGCCCCCGCACUUCUUUUGAAAGGGACAGCUCUGCUGAAGCAGACCAGGACCAGGAAUGCAGCGAGUCUGACGAGGAUGAUGAGAGUGUAGAGGACAGCAUAGACUCCCGCCUAGUCAGAGAACAUCUGGAUGCACUCAGUGGCACCAACCACGCUGGGGAUGCUUCACACAAUGGGGGUCUCUGUCCUACCAAAGAGACACCAGCAAGUCUCAGUCACUUAGAAGGAGAGCAAAAGGAGACUGCAGUGGACCAGGUGGAACUGGAAGAGGAAAUGCCGGCCUUAAUAUCAGAAAACCAGGCAGCAGAUAAGAACGUCUGUGUAAAUACAUGUGGGAAUGUGGAGGAGGUGGACAAGAGGCCCUUUGUGGCUGUUGUUGGUAUUUCAAAGGCUGCUGUGGAUGGUGAAGCUCCCAUUCAGCUAAUCCCUUUUGGGUGGGAGGAGAAAAUUGAUAAAGCAAAGGUUGAGGAGAAGUCCCGGAGCCACAACAAUCCUCCCCCUGAUGGGGACAAAGGAGGAGGAGACUUGCAGGUACCAAAGACCACAAAUCAGAGGGAUAUGGUGGAGCAGGAGGAGCUGAGACAAACUGCGGAGAAUUUCUCAGUGGAGCUGAAGAUGGUCUCAGCGGAACGGGAUUUGCUCCAGGGCAAGGUGGAAGAACUAGAGCAGGAGAAGUGCCACCUGAAGACAGAUUUCUUGAAAAGCCAACAGGAGGUGGCAACGCUUAGGGCUCAGGAAACCGAAGGCUUGUAUUGGAGCAAGAAACACAUGGGUUACCGCCAGGCUGAACUGCAAGAGCUGAAGGCUCAGCUGGAGAGGACCAUAGAGGAAAAGACCGAGCUGAAGGAGAGGCUCAAGGAGACAGAGAUGCACCUGGAGGUGCUUAGGGAGGCACAUGUCUCCUGCAGGAGCCCAGAGAGAGGAGACUUGAAAAGCACUAUGGAGAAGCUGAAGAACCUGCGUAGGAAUGUCAGCCAGCUCCUCUCGCUGGUCCUCCCUCACCUUGAGCUGCAGGAUGUUAACUAUGAGUCAGACCAGAUUGAUGAGAUCUUGCAGACAGUGUUGGAGACUAACAGGAUGUCAGAGUAGCCCUUGUCCCAUGCUGCCAUUGUGCCUUUUUUGUAUAGUUUCUUUAAUAAACCCGUAAAUUCUUCAUCCUAA